AGAAUCACUUGGCUAAAUCCCCAUUCACACGGUUAUCGUCGGAGCACACGCGCUUUGGUCACACUCACAGCCCGCACCAACUGAGCACAGCCGGCCGGAGGGCGAGAUGACGGCGGCCAGCCUCCUCCGCCGCCUCCUCCCCAGAUCGCCGCCGGCGCCAGAGCAGAAAGGCAAAGAUCCCCUCGUAUGCAGCCCCCCCGUCCUCCCGCGCGACUCCGUGGCAUGCAGUUGCUUGCGCCGCCUCCUCUUCCUCUCCGACCCCCAAUUCCGACGCUGCUCCCGCAUCCGCCACCGCCGCGGCCCUCCCUUCCUCGGUUUCUUCAUCGACCACGGCGGCGACAGCGACAGCGACGACGACGGCGACGACGACGACAGCGGCGACGACGACAACGACGACGGCGACGAUGGCUACAGCAUCACCUUCGAGCCUGCUCCGGGCGCCCCCUACCGCCUCCCCCGCGGACUCUUCUCCUUGGAGCUCGACGGCUGCUACAUGGCCCUAGGAUGGCGCCACGGCCUCGGGCUCUUCUUCCACAAGAUCCGGUUCGAGGUCCUGGUGUGGGAUCCCGUCGCCGGCCACCAGCGCCUCCUGGCCGUUCCCCCGGAUUUCGAGUUCCAGGGGGGCAAGGGUGAUAUCAGCGGGGCGGUGCUUCGCGCCGCCGGAGACGCCGACCACUUCCGGGUGGUCAUGGUAGGCAGCAACGGGAAGCAGCCUAGAGCAGUGCUCGCCUGCGUUUACUCGUCGGAGACCGGCGCAUGGGGCGAUUUCAUCUCGGCGCCGCUUCCAUCCGAGGGUUUGUUCAUUUUCAGGUCCCAGCCCGCUGUGCUGGCAGGGGAUUGCCUUCACUGGUCGCUUACCAUGGCGGGUUCGAGAAGUAUCCUCAAGUUUGAUUUGAACAGGAAGAGCCUAGAUCUGAGGCUGCUGCCAGGGGAUUAUUACACCCCGCUCAGUCCUGUCAAAUUCGCGGUUAUGCGAGCAGAGGGUGGUGGGAUGGGUUUCCUCUUCUUAUUCGGCUUUACCGCCGAAUUAUGGAGUCUGAAUCCCAAUCGCGACGGUGUUAUGAUAUGGGAGCCAGGGAGAAGUAUUGAGCUGGACAAGUUACUUCGACUAAAUCCAAAGAAAGAUCCCCCACAGGUGAUAGGGUAUGCCGAGGAAAACAAUGUGGUGUUCUUCUGGACAGUUGUUGGUGUCUUCAUGGUCCAUCUCGAGUCAUGGCGGUUCAAGAAGCUCUCUAAGACUAGUCUCGAUUCUUGGUACCAUCCAUUUGAAAUUGCCUAUACUCCAGGCAUUGGUGGUGGACACGAUGGAGCUAAAGUUGUGAGUCAUUGGUGGAUGACACGAUGGGCACGAUACACAAAGCAAUUGUUCAGUUAGAUAUGCUAUUGUGAUGUAUUGGUUGAGCAGUAAACAUCUGUGGACGGACAGUGCCUAGUCUUCGGCGGAGAAUCAAAUUUUACAACUGCAACAUCGGAUGCCAUAUCCCCCAUUAGUGGCCAGCGUUUGUGUUGAUUAUGUUAUAGUAUUAUAAUUGGUGAGUAUGUUUUCUCUCUCCUUUUAUUGUUUGCCAUAGUUCGAUCAGCAUGUUAAUUAGCUGAUUCAAGCUGUACUAUUUUCAGCACACAUUCCUUCUAGUCAUAUAUAUAUGCACCCAAGCCAUUUGAUGUAUACAAGAUUUUCGAUUCCCCCUGUUCUCUGUUCUUGUAUACCUCCUUAUUCUUUCGAUUCCCCCUGUUCUCUGUUCUUGUAUUGUAUACCUCCUUGUUCUUUGAGUUGCUUGCUGUCAGUUUGUUGGAGUUCGAGUGAAAACCUUAGUUUUAUGUUCAGUAAUAUGAAAGCUUAUGUAGAUGUCUCUCAGAAGCAAGUAUUUAUUCAGAGAGAAUCCCCACCUCACUCCAAAGUUGGGUGGAUGAUUUUCACAUAUGUAACUGUCUCUCGGUUAUAUGGUUCUAAUCAUUUUUCAAUCUGUGUAUGGUUGCUAUGAGUGGAAAUAAUUUUGGAGCAGCGAAAAUUCAAAAUUUUAUCGCCUCCUCCU